AAGUUGGACCACCCUUUAUUUUCGGAAAAAAGGAGUUACUACUGUUUUUUGGAUUGGGAAACUCUUUUUUUUUCUUUAAAUAUUCAAUUCCCUGGGUCUAACAAAUCUUGAGACCUGAGCAAGAAUCGACCUAAACUCAAGAAUUUCUACAUUUCAAAACUCAUUUAUUUUUAACAGUUCUAUACCGGAAAUUGCAUUAAAUUUCAAAAUAAAUUCCCGCCAUCUAUUGGGGGAGACUUAUAACUACCAAAGCAAAAUGCAUGUCAAACUCUCUUAAGAUUUUGUUUCGUCUAUAAUCUGUCAUCUGAUGCCCAGACAGCAUGCGCAAUAUAUUACAUUUAUAAUGUCUGUGUAUUGCAAUUGUUGACAAUAGUUAACAUUGGUGCAUAAUAGAACGCACUUCAGACCUAGUCUAUGCAGUUUUGUUUUUUGUUACCUGCCUGCAUUUCGUAGUUGUUUAUUUAUUUGUUCAAAAUGUCCACUCCAUCCGAUCAAUAUGAAAAUAUUGUUAAUAUUAUGAUUGCCACGGAUAACCAUUUGGGUUAUUGCGAAAAGGAUCAAAUAAGAGGAAACGAUAGCUUUAUUACAUUCGAAGAAAUUCUAGAACUUGCCGUUGAGAAAGAUGUUGAUUUCAUUCUUUUGGGCGGAAAUUUGUUCCAUGAUGCUACUCCCAGUCAAAAUACCUUGAACAAAUGCUUUAAGCUCUUGCGACAAUAUACGCUUGGAGAUAGACCAAUAUCUGUUGAGUUUCUGUCCGACCAGUCUCUGGCGUUCCAUGACGCUCUAAAUCAAUCGGUAAACUACGAAGAUCCCAAUAUUAAUGUAUCCAUUCCAGUAUUUUCAAUUCAUGGAUAUCGUGAUGAUCCAAUUGGAUUAGAGAAUCUCAGUGCUCUUAAUAUUCUAGCCACUGCAGGUCUAAUAAACUACUUUGGUCGCUGUACCGAUCUCAGUCAAGUUGAAAUCAAACCGAUUUUGUUAAAGAAAGGCGAAACCCAAAUUGCUCUUUAUGGUCUUUCUCAUAUAUCCGAUCCACGUUUGUGUCGCCUUCUUCAAGCGGGCAAAGUUAUAAUGGAACAACCUGAUGAAUCCGCAGGAGAAUGGUUCAAUCUCAUGGUUAUUCAUCAGAAUCGUGUUGAUCGAGGAAGGAAGGAAUAUAUUCCCGAAGAGAUUCUUCCAGAUUUUUUGGAUUUGAUAAUUUGGGGUCAUGAACAUGAUUGUCGCAUUGAAGCCGAAGUUAACACAAAGAAGAAUUUCUUUGUUACUCAACCUGGAUCUUCGGUGGUAACAUCAUUGAAAGAAGGUGAAUCUUUGCAGAAAAAUGUAGCAAUCCUUCAAAUUAGGAAAAAACAAUUUCAAAUCCAACCAUUGCCUUUGAAAACUGUGCGUCCAUUUAUCUUUGAGUCGAUAACUCUGAGUGAUUUCUCGGAGGAAUAUGGAUUAGAUCAAGCUGAUGCCGCUGAGAAGGUGCAGAAUUUAGCAAAAGAGAAAAUGGAGGAAAUGAUUAAGCGAGCAGAAGAACGUCUCACCAACCAUCCAAAACAACCCAAAUUACCUCUGAUUCGUUUGAGAAUUAUUUAUAAUGAUGAAGCCCAGAUGUUUAAUGCCAUUCGAUUUGGCCAACAGUACAAUGAAAGAAUUGCCAAUCCAGCUGAUGCUGUUGUCUUCAAAAAACUUGUCAAGAAAAAAAAAUUUGAGGCAAUGGAUUGUGAUAAAGAUGCCAUGUCGAAUGCUUUUAAUAGAGAGGAAGUCGAGAGUGAAACAAAAGUUGAGGAUGUUGUUGAUCGAUAUUUUGAUGAAGUCGACGAAGACAAAAAACUUCAAGUAAUUAGUCCGAAAGUUCUGUCUGAAAUGUGCUUCAGGAUGGUUGAGAAAAAUGAUGCAAAUGCUGCAGACACUAUUCUCCAGAUAUACCAAACAAUGGCCGUUGAUCAUUUGAUGUCCGAACUUGCCAGUGAAAAUGACAUUGAUAAUGAACUUAAAGUUUUUCGAGACAAUCAAACGGAAAACUAUGAGGAAAUUAUAAAAUUAUUCGAUAAACUUGGUACUACUAAUAAAGUUAGUUACGAAGAUGGCUUGCAUGAAAAUUUAUUCAAAAAGAGAACCCCUGGAUCCCGCAAAACAAAGGCAACUGACAUGAUGACUGACGAUGAUGAUGAAAGCACACCUGAACCAACAACAUCACGAGGAAGAAAACAAGCAAGAGGAUCGGGAAGAGGUGGUAGAGGUAGAGGUAGGGGUGCAAGAGCCAUGCCUCAAUUGGAUAUUUCAAUGGAAUCAGAAACAUCCGCGAGGCAACCAACACUACUCGAUGCUAUGAAUCAACGGAAGUCAUCUAGAACAAGAAGUGCACCUAAAGUAGUCUAUGAUAUUUCUUCAGAUUCUGAAUAAGCUUUGCUAUAUUUUUUUUACUGUUUUUUAAACGUUAAAUAAAAAAGUUUUCAUAUCAUUAAA